GUGAAUUGGGUGGCCGUGAAUUGCGAGUUUCCCGGGUCGAGUGGUACGGUCCGGCCCGUGUUAGUCUCUGGGUGGACGUGGCGGCCUCGGCUUAGCCUCUCACGUUCUAGCGUUUCCCCGUCUCUCUGAACGUCUCCGUCAGCCCCAGGCGAGCAGGGGCAGCCGUGAAGGUGCCCAGAUUCGGUGGGAAACAUGACGGCAAGGGAUGAUCUGCAGUUCCAGGAAUUUGAGGAUGCUACGAGCCUGUUGGCAUCUUCACCUGGAGCCACCACGGUCAGCAUCGAGGAUGAUGUCGGCCCGCCACCGAGGAAUCAGCGGCCACAGCAGCAGCCGGCGAGAGUGGCAGAGCGAGGUGGCGGCGAGUCCGAUGAUGACGAUGAAGAGGUAGACAUGCUGGGAAGACUUGGUGAUAAGACGGAGUUGCUAUCUGAAGAGAAAAAGAGCGCCCCCUUCUGGACAUUUGAUUAUUACAAGACAUUUUUUGAUGUUGAUACACACCAGGUUUUGGACAGAAUCAAGGGCUCAAUGAUACCGUUUCCUGGAAGAAGCUUUGUGCGUAAGCACAUUCGGGGCAACCCCGAUCUCUACGGUCCGUUCUGGAUCUGUGCCACACUGGUGUUUGCAAUUUCCAUCAGUGGGAACCUCUCCAAUUUGUUCACGCAAGGCAGUGGUUCCGAGUACCACUACGUCGCUGAUUUUCGAAAGGUGUCCAUUGCUGCCACAGCUAUCUACUCGUAUGCAUGGCUAGUGCCACUGGGGAUGUGGGGCUUUCUGCUGUGGAGGAGCAACAGGACAAUGGGAGUGAUGUCUUUCUCCUUCCUGGAGAUCGUGUGCGCCUAUGGGUACUCGCUGUUCAUCUACAUCCCCACUGCUGUGCUGUGGACAAUACCGUCGGGUAUUUUGCAAUGGAUACUGAUAGUUGUGGCGAUGGCGCUCUCUGGCUCGGUGCUGGCGCUAACUUUCUGGCCUGCAUUCCGCGACGACGACAAACGAAUUGCGGUGGCCACCACAGUGGUCAUCUUCUUAUUGAACACAUUGCUUGCUGUCGGCUGCAAGUUGUACUUUUUCUCCACACGUCAAGUGCACAUCGCUGCUGUAACGACUCUGAACCCGCAUGUGACGAUGGAACACAGGGCCAACGGCACGGCACGCUGAGCUCUCCGAGGAUAACUGCACAUCAAACAAGAACAUGUUUUUAAUCUUGAUGUAACAGAUUUGGGAUUGUUAUUUGGGAAUAAGGUGAACUUAAGUGUUAUUUAUGUACACUUUUCCAGGCACUUGCAGAGGAAACAUUCAAUUGCAAAUGCAUGUUAGGUCACCUUUCUUGACUAUGUAUUGUAUAUUUUAAGUGUUUACACGUGAGGUGAAUAGUGCCAUGAAAAAAAGUGGGUAAGUUUGGUUCCAGGCUGCUUAGCAGAUAUCCAGCCCCAUAUAAAGAUACUAUGCAUAUACUGUGUACAGAGUAUAUAUAUACAAUGCAGGAAAUUGUAGUUUGUACAGUAUCAUUCAGUUGAGUAAUCAUAAACCUAAGUUGUAUUUGUUAAAGUCUGGCAGAGGAAUGAUUUGCUGCUUUUUGUUGAGUUGUCCCUCCCUGCACGUCUGAUUAGCUACAUAUGGUGCAAAAGCUCAUACAUUUGGGAUUUUAUCAAAAGAUGACAAAUGCCUGUUGUCCAUAGAGAGCAUGCACUCGACUCAAGUCUGAGAAUGCCAAGUGUUUCUGCUGCUAUACUUUGGCUCCCAUGUUAUAAAUGUAGACCACCACAAGCAUGGAAUGGAAUUUAGCGCAUCCAAAUGUCUAAUUGACGGCAAUGUUCAUCGAUGGCAUACAGUAAAACCUUGGAUUGCGAGUAACUUGGUCUGCGAGUGUUUUGCAAGACGAGCAAACAUUUUAAAUAAAUAUUAAUUUGAUAAACGAGCGAGGUCUUACGAGUAGUACGAAUAGUACGCUUUAUCUGCCGAGCGUCACGUGAUCACAACUGAUAUACGAGUGCUUUGGAUUACAAACACGUUUCCGGAACGAAUUAUGCUCGCAAUCUAAGGUUUUACUGUAUACGCAUUUUGUUUGCAUGCAUUUUAUUUUCCAAAGUUGUCACACUGCUAAAUGUAUGCAGAAUUCAUAUUCAAGGCAAAAGUUAUGAAUUUAAAUGUUGAUCAUAUGAAAAAACCCACUACCUUUGACAUUUAAAUAAUAAAAAUCUGCAGUAAUGUUUUUUGGUCAUUGGGGUAAAGCUUGAUUCUAUAUGGGGCCGUCUUUCAUUCAGCAACCCAGUUUAGAGGCACGCAUUUACCGGACUACAAAAAAAUUAAGUCGAUGCUAUGGAACGAAAGAAUAAGCGAUGCAUUUGGAAACGUAGUCCACAUGUUAGCAAACAGUAUUGUCAAUGCAAGUACCUUCUGGAGGUUGUGUAUAUUUGCUAAGCAAACAUCUUUUCAAUAGGGACGGUCCACAUGAAUUUUCAAAAAUGUCCUUUUAAGGAUCCACUGCUGGACGAAGGCUUCCCUUUGUAAUAAUUGUCCUGGGGGUUGUUUGAACAUAUUUCGCACCACACUUGCGGACCCGCCCAUACGGGACAUGGGUGGAAGGAAAAAAAGCUUCAUAGCUCAUUGGGAUUCCUGCAGUCUCAAUAAAAAAAGAUGCACAUUCUGACUUCGUGUCACACUUGCCAGCACAGAUUAAAGGCUGGGGAUGGCAGGUGGGAAUUGAAAUCCGAUCGCCAGGGAUACUUGCAAAUGUCCUAGUUCUCCCCUGCUUCAACCAUUUUUUUUCACCCCCAAUUAGCACGGUUGGCCUUAAGUAUGGUGCCAAAUGAGUUCGACAUGUUAAACAAACGUGACAGUUCAGUGCACCACUGUACCCGCGGCGUUUAAAAUUAACGUUGCUGUUAAAUGUUAUAUCCCAUCACAAAAUCAUCUGGAAAGUGUCCCAUCUCAUUAAAUCUAAAUUGAGGGUGAGGCCUGGAGUAUUAUUUGAAUGUGUAACCAUGCACGUCAGGUUGAUGGCUGCUGCAGAGCUACUCGGUGGGAAGCAGACAGCAGUGGCGCUGAAGUUUUUUCCAUUCACCCAACUUCCAACCUGCACUGACCAGCAUAAAGUAUGGUCAGAUAACCCCUAUGACCCUCAACCAGCAAUAGUGACAACGGCAGUUCAUGUAUAUUAUACUGAAGCAUACCAAACACAUUGGGUAUUUUUAUGCUCUUGGAACAAUAAAACAUGCGUUUGAUGGGA